AGAAAAAAAGAAAAGCAAAGUCCCAAGGCCCACAGCACUCAAAAGAAAACCUAAGUCCCUGCCGACACCAGCCAGGACAGGACCCAGACGGAUGGGGACGCGAGCCCCUGCCGCGGUCCCCGGCCCAACCCGCGCAAGGGAGUCCCCAGCUGCUCUCGCCAGGGCUCGGUCAAAGAAGGCCGUGCGGGCCCCCUGUCGUCCUCCCGGGCCAAACCAACCCGUGCGACGCGGCCCCGCCCCGCCCGGCUCCGCUCCGCUCUCUUCAGGUCCCGGGGACAGCGCCUGGGAGUGCUGGUCGACCCGCUCGGGCUGCCACCCAACGUUUCCCGGGCCCUGGAGCGCGCAGACAGGCAACCCGCACACUAUGCCUGCCGGUCCAACCUCCCGCCAGUAGGUCACACAAGCCCGCCCCAGCAGGCCGGCGGCAGUUCCGCUGGUGUCACCCAACUCCUGGGACUCUGUCUCGGUCACCGCCACCACAUGUCACUCCUUGGUGACUUCCGAAUGCGAGAAGUUCGUAUAAAAGCGGCCACCAGGUGGAGCCCGACAACCGCCACCAACAUCAGGCACAAGAGACUCGGAACGUCGUUCCGUGUCAGCGGGACCAGCUCCGAAGGGGGCGUAGAAAGCCACCAGGACGUGCCCCACCAGCCGGGGCGCCCUGCCAGCCACCACCCCCCCCCCCCCGCCCCGAGGGGCACGAGCAGCCACCGCUCUGCCCAGAGGCCCUAGAAAGCCCGGCGGGGACACAGGGGCGGUCUCGGACCGCCUGCAAAACCGAAACCACGAAAGGAGGACACGCGAGGAAACGGAACAAUCAUCGCUCCGAUUCCACCCUCUCGCUGCCGGGGAAAGGGAGAAGCAGGCAAGAGAGACUCUGAGAGACCGAAAGACAAGUCUGGGUUCAUGCCCCAAGUCCAAAGAGAGAAUACCAGGACUUCCGGGGAUGGUGUCCUAAUAUGAUUUCAUUUCAGUUCAUUUCAUUCCAAUCGUUCCCGCUGACGGAAGCAUCCAGGUCAAGAAACCCACAGAGCAGGAUGGUGAUUUCCAGAGGAGCUGGGAAGGACAGAGGGGGAAGGAAGGAAGAGCGGCCGCCACUACUCCACGCCCCCACCAACCCGCCUGCCAGCCACUUGCCAGGACCCUCCUCCUCCUCCUCCUCCUCCCCCCCCCUCCCCCCAAGUCGCCCGGGACCGCAAGUCCCACCCACCAAGCAGCGCCAGCGCCAGCGCCACCGCCACCGCCCACCCAGGCCUCCUCGCGAGAACGGCUCUGCUACACCUUCUUCCGAAACUGAAUCCACUAGACAUACGUCGGGGAGCAGAGUGCACGUGUGGCGCCUUGGUCUCCUCACUCGUGCAACAGAGAGGGACAGCACCCACCGCCGCCUCCCAGGAGCACGUCAAAGUCACACAGGAGACAUAAAGUUCAUGGAAACAUCCGAUACAGAUGACAUUCCAGGAAAAAUCCAUCAGACGGUCAUCGCCUGCAUCCACUCAAUCUGAAAAUGCCGGAGCCUCAAUCCUCGCUCGACUCAAACCCGAAGUCAUCAUCACCAUCACCACCACCACCACCACCACCACCACCACCACCACCACCAACACAGGAACACCGGGCCAAGAUGCCCGAGCUUGCUCUUCCUUCUCAAUACGGCCAAAUCCCUUACAGUUUCCUUUCCUGCUUUUCACCAUGACCUGGUCUGCUAGGCUUUUUCCUUAUUUUUAUUCAUUCAUUUAUUUAUUUAUUUAUUUAUUUAUUUAUUUAUUUAUUUAUUGGGAGGGGGCAGAGCAGAGGAGUACCCAGGAGUUAGGCCAGAGGCCCAGGGUGCUUGAAACUUCAACGGUUCAAUGACAUUUCAUUUCAAAGACGAAAAUGAGGCCGGCUGGGGGACAGUCAAUAUAAAGCUAAGGCUUCACUUCGGUGUUUGGGGGUGGAGGUGAGGGUG